GAAACCAAGCUGGAAUACCAAGCAGCCCGUGGAUCUGCUGGCAGAGAGGGGGUCUGGCUCCUUAAGUAAUCCUGCCCUGCAGUGGCAAAGGUAGUCCAUAAAGGAGCGAGCCCUGUCGCUGCACAGCCCUGCAAGACACGCCUGCCUGGGCUGUCUCUGCCCUCAUUCCUCCAAACCAGUUCCAACAAUAACAGCAACUCCUGCUGCAGCUGCCUCGUUAGAGAGAAGAUGUGUUUUGCCUUUCUCUGCUGAGGGAUGAAGCUUCCCAGUCCGUGUGAUGUGAGCAGGUGAGGAUGUCUGCUGACAAGCCCAAAUGAUAUUUCCAGGUGUUCUACUGAUCUUGGCACUGACAGAAGAGCUGGUGUUUUCUGUUCAGGUACUGUCUCCCACUGUCUCCUCCUCUCAGGGCUUCCCGAUGAACACUACCACUGUCACAGCCAUGGGAACGACGCCUCGCCACAAAGACCACCACGCAGCAGAGCCCCUUCCCACGUCUGCUCACACCAUGCCCCAUUCCAUCAACGUGGUGGAGAAAGCCCCUUCCACCGGGCAGAAGCAAGCGAGCAGCCCUCGCCUCGGCGACAAGGGAACGUAUCAUUUACACAACCAGAGUGCUUUGUACUCGGGACAGACUCGCCCCAAGGGGAAAAUAUUCCAGGUUUUCAAAGGCAACUUCACAGAGUCCUCAGAGCCUUACCUAAAGACGACCCUGCACUCUCCCUUCCCUACCCUGAGGAGCCCCUUCACAGACCACCCCUUUCAGUCCCAGACCCCAGCAUCCGGUGAUCCGAAUGGCAUGGGGCUGGCAAGAACUACACACUCAGACCCUUCACCCCACCGCAGCCCCUCGGGAAGCCUUAGGGAAGCAGAGCAAGGCGAUGGGGCCGAGCUAGUGCUGCAGGAGGCAGAUUUUGCCACCACAACUGCUGGACCAUCAACCGAUCCUGAAGCAGUGUCGGUGCCUUUUAAACCCACCCACUACAGCGUAUGGGAUAUGCUGAGCAAAAACAACUCUUGGGUAACCUUGAACCUCAGUACCAAUGUCCCUCUGUUUGCUGGCCCUGGAUCUGCAACAGCAGCAGCGGGGCACUCGGUUCAGACCAGUUUUGAUGUCAGUGUCUCCUCCGCGGCAGCGGGAGACCCCAAGGGACCCUCUCCAACGCAGCAUGGGACGGUGAGCAACGUGACCUUGCUAAGCACUGCUCUGUCCGCAGCUCCUGCCACCAGGUUGUCCAGCUCCGUUUCCACCGCUGGCUCCACUGCCACUGGGAACUUCCUAAACAGACUGGUUCCUGCCGGGACCUGGAAACCUGGAGUGCAAGGAAACAUCUCCCACGUCACCGAGGGGGACAAGCCCCAGCACAGGGCAACCAUCUGUCUCAGCAAGAUGGACAUUGCCUGGAUCAUUCUGGCUAUCAGCGUACCUAUAUCCUCAUGUUCAGUUCUGCUGACAGUCUGCUGCAUGAGGAGGAAGAAAAAGACAUCCAACCCAGAAAACAACCUGAGCUAUUGGAACAAUGCUAUUACCAUGGACUACUUCAACAGGCACGCUGUAGAGUUACCGAGAGAGAUCCAGUCACUGGAGACUUCAGAGGACCAUCUCUCCGAGCCGCGCUCCCCCGCCAACGGUGACUACCGUGACAGCGGGAUGGUCCUUGUGAACCCCUUCUGCCAAGAGACACUGUUUGUAGGACACGAGCAAGUCUCUGAAAUAUGAGCCCCCAGCUCCCCCGUACUGCAGUUCCAUCUCGACUGUCCCCAGAUUAUAAAUAAAUAUAUAUAUUAUAAAUAUAGCCUUUGUGUAACCCUGAAUUACAAGAAACGUUUUCAGCUUUUCUUUUCUCCCUCAGAAUUGUCAGCCCCUUUUUUAUAAGUGUGGUAAAACUUUACAGAACUGUGGCUUUAUAAAAUAAAGGUAUUUCUAAGCAAAACA